AUGCCACCACAGCAACAUAUAAUGGACUUAGAUGUCAAAAUGAGCGAGUUUUUAGACAGCAGGCUAUCACAACAAACUGAUCGCCCAAUUUUAUCAUUUUUUAAAGGUAUCCUACCCUCUGUUACGUCUUUCGACGAUGACGAAACGUUGGAGCUUCAAUCAGGUGUAUUAUCACUGAUACAACAAAUCAAAAAGAAACGUGAAAACAGACUUUAUGCAAAUAAUUAUAAUUACGCGCGUGAUAGCACACGGCGAUCGGGGUAUUCGACACAGAACUAUAAUUAUUUAUCUACCGAUGAAUCCGGAUAUUCCUCUCAAAACCAGGCUGUUCUUACACCACAUGGGUCUGGAUAUGAAAGACGUCAAACGUAUGAGGAAGGAUCGCCUGCUGCAUCUACUUGGUCGGAAAGUACUGAAUUAAAUUUCUCCGAUUUUUGA